AUGAAUUCAAGGCAACAACAACAAUUCUAUAAUUUUGAAUUAACUAAUAAAGAAAACGAUUUAUUACAAUCAAUCACUAAUACAAAGAAAAAAGUAAUCACUUGUAUCGAAGAUUUAUCUAAUGAAAUCUAUUAUAAUAUAUUUGAUUAUCUUAAUGGAUGUCAUUUAUAUGAAUCAUUUGUAAAUCUUAAUAGUCGUUUUCAAAAUCUUCUCAUAAAAUCAUUUUUACCUCUUAAAAUUAAUAUUGAUUCUAAACAUGAAAUAAUCAUUGAACAUGAUUGUAAGAAUAUUAUCAAUCAAAAUAAAUCUCGUAUUGUUUCACUUCAUUUGUCAACUACAAUAGCUGCCAACCAAUUUUUUAAAUUAGUCACUAUCAAUUCAUUAUUCAAUUGUUUACAAUCACUUGUUAUCAAUGGUAUUAGUGAAUAUAAACUUCAAUUACUUCUUAAACAAUUAAUUUCUUUACCUCAUUUUUAUUCAUUGAACAUUAUUAUUGUUGGCCAAUUAGAAUCUUUUGAUACCAUCUAUAAAUUAAUUUUUUGUUUACCUUUUUUAAAAUAUAAUGCUCUAUCCUAUGGACCAUGGAGAGUGCCUCUAAAAUUGCCACUCGCUAUCAAUAAACAAUUGAGUUUUAUUGAAUACUUAAAUAUCGAUAUUGCUAUAAUUCUCGAUGAACUCAUUACUAUACUUUCAUACACACCUAAAUUACGUCGUUUAACUUGUCAACAAUUAUACAAUUCGACUCUACAUACCCAAAUAAGAGCGAUAAUUGUAUUACCUUAUCUGACACAUAUAAAUUUUGAUCGAUGUCAUUUACAAUUUUCUGAAUUUGAAAUAUUUAUCAAGAAGAUUGGAUCUCAAUUAAGAGUAUUACAUUUCACUACAUUUGAUAAUAUUAUGUUUCUUGAUGCUAAUCGUUGGCAAAGAUUGAUUUUACAAUAUGUACCACGUUUACAAAAAUUCGAAUUUGAAUAUGAUGAAAAGAUUCCUCAUAUUUUUCAAUUAGGACCACAUCAUCAACAACUAAAUCGAUUUACAUCAUCGUUUUGGCUCAAAUAUCAGUGGUAUUUACAGCUUCAGACUGAUGCAUUACCUUUUUCUAAUAAUCGAAUAACAUAUUCAAUUCAUUCAUACAGAAACAAAUGGUAUCAUGCAUAUGAACAUAUGAAAAAUGAUAUAUACUAUCAACAAGAUAAGUCUAUUAUUAUUACUUCAAAGAAUAUUCAAAAUCAUUUAAUUCCAUCUUCUCGAGAUGUUGAACUUAUUGCAACCAAUCGUUGUGAUUUCGAACAAUAUCAAUCUUUUAUUGAGAAUAUUAAAUCUUUAUUUCAAUUAGUACAAAUUACUUGUUUGAAUAUUGAUUUAUGUUAUUCAUCGAUUGACUUAUUUAUUGAUUUCAUAUGUAAUUUACCUAAUCUUGAUUCAUUGAGUAUAUCUUGUUGGCCUUUAUUAGAAUUAAAUAUUUCAUUCAAUACACAAUCUAAACUUCAAUUAAUAUCUAAUAAUAACAAAAUUACGAAAGUGAAUCUUGAAAAAGUGGUAGACACCAAACAAGUUCAGUUUAUCAUUAAUCUUUGUCCACGUUUGGAAUUUUUACAAGUCAGAUGUACAAAUAAUAUGAAUAUUGAAUUGUUCAUAUGUUUUAUUAUAAUGAAUUAUACAGCUAAGUCUCUUAGUUAUAUUCGUUUAUUGUGUCUUCAUUUUCCAAGAGCAGACGAGAAGACAAUUGAAACAAUAAAAAAUAUGAUUGACUCAGGAAAGUUGCUCCGUAAUUAUUCAGUUAAUCGUAUUGUUGAUAAAAUUUAUUUACAAUGGAAAUAA